AUGGACGAGGGAGGAGUCAAAUCUAAUGACCCUCAUGAGCCUAAGUCUUCGACAUGUCUCGAUAGACUUUUCCCAUUCCUUGAUGGUUUCAACUUGGUCCCGCAUGAUGAUGAUGAUUGGCUCGACGAGAUCUGUCUCAAAGGUUUCGACGGACUUGCAUACAAAGUCCCACUUGCUACGAUCCUCGCUGAUGGCGAGCGACUAUAUGCCUGUCUAGUGCACAACAAUCAGGACGAGCGCAUCUUGAAGCUAAUGUCGGAGCAUGGCCUGGUGAGAUUCGACGCCUGGAUUCUAUUAACUGCGAUUAAGUCCCGCUCGCAACUAACUACGAUUCUAAAGACCGCGCUCGUGUACAAGGGCGCGGUGGGUGGAAACAACAUCGAGUUUGGGAAGAGAUUUGGGGAGGAUCUCGUCCGAAACACAUCGAUUUCAGGUUCUCAAGUGACCCUGGACUUCAUCAGGAAAAUGGAAGAUGCACAAGCCCUCGAGCGCAACGGAAGGAAAAGGCUGGGCCCGAUGCAACAGCGACUCCAGCAUCUGAAUGACGACAUAGAGGCAGCAAAGCAGAAUUUGGCUCUGCUCGAGCAGGAGAGGACGAAGCAAACGGUUAGCAUACGAUCGAUCGAGGAGCAGGUCGAAACUGCGAUGGAAGUACAGAGGAAUGGGGCCACUAGCAUCGAUCCUUAG